AUGUCUCACCCCGCCACCCCUUCUCCACCGAACCCGUCACGGCUGCACCUAACACCGCCACCUACAACCCCUUCUCUAUACAAACAGAAUUCAUGGUCCCACGAUAACUACCGCGACGAGGCGUGGCUGCGGAGGAAGGUCCUACAAAACAGGCGGAGCAAAAGCGUCACCGAAGAGGAUCUUGAUGAACUCAAGGCCUGCAUAGAGCUUGGCUUCGGAUUCGAUUCGUCGGAAAUGGACAAGCGUUUGUCGGAUACUUUACCAGCGUAUGGCCUCUACUACUCGGUCAGCAAGAAUUACAACGACACCGUUUCAAAUCCACCGCCUUUAUCACCUCCGUCAACUUCCAUCGUCUCCGACCGCGACACUCCCUCUCCUCUGGGAAGCCCCCCCACCAUCUUCGACCCUGAGGAUAAUCCACAGGCGGUAAAGACAAGGUUGAGACAAUGGGCACAAGUGGUGGCAUGUACGGUUUUUGCGUUCAAGCGAAGGCAACUCUGUAAUGUUGAUAAUGGAAGCUUUUCUGCAAUCCCCCCUUUCCGUUCUAGACAAACACCUCCACUGCCACCGUCUUCUUUGGCUGUGCCACCUAAACGCCACCAUCGGCCCACGACGUCGUCUUACAACCACAACACGACAUCCACUACUACUACUCUGAGUAAAGCUAAAGGAAAUGUCACCAUUAAUCUACCAAGGAGAAGAAUAUCUUUGAGUAUGAAGAAGAUCAUCGACCUUCGAGUUUAUGAUAAUUUUUAUCUUUCUGGAUGGUACCGAGGCCAUGAUGAUGUGUGCCCCCUCUUGGUUUCUAAAUCAGAUAACAAGUGGGGUAGGAGUGUUGUUGACUUGAUGAAUGUUAUUGAGGAGCCUCUAGAGAAGUAUCAAAUAGCAUAUAUUUGCAUAGAUGCGUUGAAGGGUGAUGAACCUCUUAUUGAACCUGAAAUAAUAUAUGGCAUAGUAAAGGCUCUUCAGACUGCUCAAAAUGCAGUGUUUAGUACUGCAGUUAUUUCCUUGAAAUUUGAAGAUGCAUUUGAUCCAAAUCACUUAAAUGUGUGGUGGACAAUCGUGGAUAUGCAAUUUAUUUUUCACAAGCUACGAAGGAGAAGAAUAUCUUCGAGUAUGAAGAAGAUCAUCGACCUUCGAGUUGAUGAUAAUUUUUAUCUUUGUGGACGGUACCGAGGCCAUGGUGAUGUGUGCCCCCUCUUGGUUUCUAAAUCAGAUAACAAGUGGGGUAGGAGUGUUGUUGACUUGAUGAAUGUUAUUGAGGAGCCUCUAGAGGAGUAUCAAAUAGCAUAUAUUUGCAGAGAGGCGUUGAAGAUUGCAGAAUGCCAUAGAGGAUUUGGCGCGGAUGUGAUAAUGACAUCAGAAUCAUGUCGAAAUGGCAUAGAGCAUUGUAAUGAAGCACAUCAAAAGCUUGGAACAAUAAAGGCUCUUCAGACUGCUCAAAAUGCAGUGUUUAGUACUGCAGUUAUUUCUUUGAAAUUUGAAGAUGCAUUUGAUCCAAAUCACUUAAAUGUGUGGUGGACAAUCGUGGAUAUGCAAUUUAUUUUUCACAAGGACUGA